GGGCCGCGCCCGGGCGAGCCGGGCGAGCGGGGCGCGCUGGGGUCUGUGAUCUACGCCUGGAGAGUUUGCGCUCCGGAGCCUCGCGCUCCGAGGUGCUCGAGCCGUGGCGCGGAUGCUGGAAGUUCACAUCCCGUCUGUGGGACCUGAGGCCGAGGAUCCCAGGCAAAGCCCAGAGAAAGGCCACAUGGUGUUCCGAGUGGAAGUGCUGUGCCGCGGGCGCAGGCACGUCGUGCAGAGGCGCUACAGCGAGUUCCACGCGCUGCACAAGAGGGUGAGGCUCAGCCGCCGACUCACCGACCCCGGCCUCGUUCCUGCCCACCGCCUGGGAGACGAACUGCGGCCCCGGCCUCUGCCACCCCUGUUACCGCCCCACUCCCUGGAGGGCUCCUGUUCGGGGCACAGACUUCGCUGCGGGAUUAAGAAAUUGUACAAAGUGCCCGACUUCCCCUCAAAACGCCUGCCCAACUGGAGGACUAGAGGACUGGAGCAGCGGCGGCAGGGCUUGGAGGCCUAUAUCCAGGGUGUCCUGUACCUGAACCAGGAUGUACCCAAGGAGUUACUGGAAUUUCUGUGUCUUCGGCACUUCUCCACAGACCCUAAGGCCGGCAGCUGGGGCGCCUUGGGGGAGUUCCUGCCAAAGAACCACAGCUCCCAGCUGCACCACCGGCCAGUCAUCAGCUUCUGCAUGGAUCCCUACAUUUGCAUCCCAUCUCCAGAGCCUCUGUCCAACAUGGUGGUGAAUGGCGUGCUCCAGGGCCUCUAUGGCUUCAGCACCAGCUCAGCUAAGGCCCAGCCAGAGGCUCCCUGUCACUCUGCUCCUUUGCCACCAAUGCCCUGACCAGCCCAGAGGCCUAUAGGCCACUUGCCAGGACAGGCAUGUGCCUCAGUGUAUGAGCCCUUUCUUAGGAGGCUGGGUCCACCUUGGCCUGGACUCAGGUGGCCCAGAGCCAGGGCUUAGCCACCCCAGAUGCUAGGGCAGGGACAACAGGGGAUAAGGAAUAAAGGGAGAAGUCAGUUUCGAGGUAGGCCUUGAAACGAAAGGUCUACUUCUUCACCUACCCCAGAAAGGGGCAGAGGACAAGCUAAGUAAGGUUGAGGCAUGGUAGUGGCAAAGGUUGGAAGCAAGGAGUAAAAGCUCCUGCUUGGAAUUUUGUGGGUAGCAUCUGGGGAAAGGGUUCAGACCAGAGCCUCAGAAGGGGAUAGGCACCCUCUGCCACAGGAGUCCCACACAUGCUGGACCAGAGACUUCAGCAGGUGUUGGAGGCCCAAGAAACCCAGCCCACACACCAGUUUAAAAAAAAAAAACACCCCACUUUUUUUAUUGGUCAACACAGAUCAGAGUUUGUUACAAAACUGGGCCUGGAGGCCUGUGGAAUGUGAGGGGAGGGGUCUGCUCCGUCCGAUGCCAGCACUAGGGCCAGUGCAGCAUGGAGCCCCGUGGUGGGCUGCUGCUAACCCCUGGCAGGCAACAGAGCCGAACAGAUGGUGGCUCAAAGGGAAGAAGUCCCUGGGCCCUACUCCUUGGCGAUGGCAAAAGGCUUCUCCACCUCGAUCUUGCCACAGUCUGCGAUGGUCACAUCCUUCAGGGGCUUGUCCCGACUGUCAGUCUUGGUGCUCUCCACCUUCCGCACCACCUCCUAGAAAGGAAGGCAGAAGCAGUAAAGCAAAGUGGGUCAGGGGGUCCAUCUCUCAAGGGGGACAGGCCCCACAAUAGGGCUGCGGAGGGCUGAGAUGCCCAUAUGACAAAAAGCAUGCAAAACUCACACCAAAAUCCUAACGGAAUCUUAGCCAACGGCCAGGGCAGGGAGAACCUAGAGGACGCAACAGUUCUGAUCCUUGGAAGUAGGAGCCAAGCUGAGCUAAGGGUGAGGAGGAAGAAAAGGGUGGCUUGUGGAGUGGGUACCAAGUGGCUUCUCAGGGACACCCUGUUCAGCUGUGUCUGGCACAAUUCAGGAUGGUGCUUGAACAUCACUGGGUGUAAUGGAGGCACUUGCACUGCCUCAACAGGCCUCCGUGCCAGCCUGGGGCUGGAAGAAUGGAGAACUUGGGGACACCUUGAUUCACCCCAGGUUGGUAGACAUGAACACUGGUGUGAAUUUGGGUUUCCUUGAUAAAGUGUACAGUGCUUUCCUGAUGAGAGCUGCCCAGGAUUAGCCCCUGAAACUCACCAUGCCUUCCAGAACUUUGCCAAACACUACGUGUUUGCCAUCUAGCCAGGCUGUCUUCACCGUUGUAAUGAAGAACUGGGAGCCGUUGGUGUCUUUGCCAGCAUUGGCCAUGCUCACCCAGCCAGGCCCAUAGUGCUUUAGCUUGAAGUUCUCAUCAGGGAAGCGUUCACCAUAGAUGCUUUUACCUGGGAAGAAAGAGCAGGUCAGGAAGCGAGGUUGGCCCAGAUCUUUGGGGUGAGGAUACCAGGGACUCAACCUGACCUCGGUACCAGGCCAGGCUCAAAUGGAUUAUAAGGACAUAAAAACUGUCCCCUUCCUACCCUCUGGUCUUGGAACCAAAUCAUGCUCCAAGUGGGGCACAAUGCCAGGCUGAUACAGUGAACAGCUCACCCAAUCGAUGGAUUACUUCAAGAAAAAGUUUCAUGGAUUUUAAAUAAGGCACAGAUCAACAUCUACCCUAACUAUGGCCUGAGAAGUCCACCCCAAGAACUUUGAGGGAAUUUGGUGGAGAGAAGUGCGGUGCAGGGAACACGGGAGGCUAAGAGCUCUCCAGAAGAGGACAGCUUGUGUCCUAACAGCACGAAAGACGCUGAGAUGAGGGGCGGAGGGGCUGCCAUUUGGGUUCCAGAAAAUCAAGAGCCUCUUAUUAAUGAACACAAAAUAAAAGCUGCCUGUUGA